AUGUCGGGAAUAAACAGUUCCUGGGACUCGUUCAGAGAAGCAUUAGAUAGCGAUGAUGAAUUUGAAGGAGAUGAAUUAUUACAACAAAUUGCAACGAACAGAGAUGCUAUAGUAUUCCUGAUUGACUACUCUCCCUCGACUAUGACGGCCACCACUGAUACUAACGAACCAUUCGUCAAGGCCGUGUUUUCCUGCGUUCAGACUGUCAUGCUGCGGAGAAUAAUGGAUAGAACUAACGACUUAAUUGGAGUCGUGGUAUAUGGAACCGAGGGACAUGAGAAUGCAUUGGACUAUGAGAACAUUACUGUUGUCGAAAGUCUCAACCCCUUAGAUUUGCCCGCAAUACAGAAAAUAAAACCGUUAGCAAAAAACGUCAGUGAUGGCGGAGUCGAUUUACAGCAACAAUUUGGUACUCCUUCGACGAAUUAUGAACUUGCAAAUGCGUUCUUAGUAUGCAAUAACUUAUUUGAACAGAUAGAAAAAAAAGCGUUGAAGCGCAAACGCGUCUUUCUGGUUACUGAUGAAGACAACCCCCAUGGCCUUGAUGGUCCUCGAAGAAGUGCUGCUCUUACGAGAGCAAGGGAUCUGCAAGAACGUGGGGUAGAGUUACAUUUGUUCAGUGUCAGUAAGGGUGACGAACCGUUCAAUUUCGAAGCAUUUUACGCCGAACUGAUUGGAAUUGACAAAUACAAUCAUGUUGCGACACGAAAAAGUUUCGAAGAAUUACUUGCCGUAAUACUGAAAAGAGAAUCUCCUCGUCGAGCGACAUUCAGCACACUUCUCCGAUUGUUCGGGGAUGAUGCAAGACUUCAUAUUGGUGUCAAAGGGUAUCCGCUAGCUUUAGCUCGUAACAGACCUGGUCACACUUGGGCUUGUGCUAUGGGAGGUGAAAAUAAGCCGGUACAAGGCCGAGCUACCUAUAUAUGCUCUGAUACCAAUCAACCGCUAAUGGAAGAAGACAUGAAAGGAUAUUUGUUAUACGGCGGGGAAAAGAUUGUUUUCACGAAUGAAGAGCAAAAGGCUAUCAAGAGUACUGGAGAUAUUGGAUUUACACUAAUAGGAUUUAAACCCGAAGAUAAGUACAAGUUGUACUAUCAUUUCACGUCGCCUUAUUUCUUGUAUCCUGAUGAAGAGGCUUAUAAAGGGAGCACUCGGACAUUCGCAGCCCUUCACAAGCAAAUGUUAGAAAUGAAGAAAAUAGCCGUAUGCAGUUUCAAGCAACGAGCACAGGCGACUCCAUACUUAUGUGUACUCAAACCACAGGCCGAGAUGCUCGACGAGAACGGACGCCAGGUAAUGCCUCCAGGAUUUGUAGUCGUUCGCAUCCCGUAUAAAGAUGACGUCCGACCAACGCCGAAGCAAGCAGAAGAACCAAUAAGAGCCUCCGAUGAUUUCAUAGACGCUUGUUUGCCUGUUAUUGAAGACUUAACAAUACGAAGAGGAUAUCGUCCCGAUUCAUUCACGAAUCCUGCUUUAGCAAAGUUUUACCAUGUUUUGGCUGAAAUUGCUCUUGGUGAAGAGUUGGAGGAACAACCAAAGGAUAAUACUAUUCCUAAAUAUAGAGGGAUGCAUAGAAGAGUCGGCGAGAAGAUCAAAGUCUUUAAUAGCAAAAUUUCAGAAGCGGUUGAAGCGGAGGCCUCAACUACAACCGCGUCUACAUCCAGCUCCGCGUCUAGGUCUACAUCAAGAACAAUAUCCAGGUCUACGUCCAACGCGAGCGACGCUAGCAAUCUGCAAGAGUUAUGGGAAGCCGGGAGGUUGGAUCGAGCGACUGUUGCACAACUGAAAGAGUUCCUUACACAGGCUGGUAUAACGCCUGAGAGACGGAAGGCGGAUCUUUUACGACAAGUUCAACAGUAUUUCCAAGCCGGUAGCAGCAGCGCUACCUAG